AUGACCAGCAACGAUGUACGAGACAUCCUCGAACUUCACUCAAAAACUUCAAAUUCAACGGACAUUCCUACACCGAGUAAAAAAACAAACAAGUCAGAAAAAGAAAAGAAGCCUGAUGGAAUACCUCGAGAACUUUUUCAGUUAAUAGGUGGUCCACCUCCAAUAGCUUUUGUAAAGCCUGCUUUUAAAGCAAAACCGAAUUUGCGUAAAAAGGCCGUUCAUUGGGAAUGGCAAAGUUUUACUAAUCAAGGGCGAGGUGAGGAUGAUCAGUUAACACUACAUCACUGGGUCAAAUGCACACCUACUUCCGAAUCUGAAGAUUCAGGAUAUUGGUUUGCCGAGUAUAACAAAAAAAUUGACAUCUUGAAAUAUGAUGAUGAAGAAUAUGAAAAAUAUUUAACGGAUAAAGAUUGGACUAAAGAGGAGACAGAUUACUUAUUUAAACUGUGUGACAAAUACGAUCUUCGUUUCAUAGUUAUUCAUGAUCGUUACGAAUAUAAGGAGCGAUCUAUUGAAGAUUUGAAAGACCGAUAUUAUUCAGUAUGUAAAAAACUUCUACAAGUUCGCCCCCCUGAGGGUAGUGAUAAAGGUGCUUUGAUCGCAAUGAAUACUUAUGACAAAG